CAGCUCUGAGAGAAGAUCAGCAUGAACUCUGCAGAAGCUCAGAGUGAAGUGAAGCAGCUGCUGAGCAGAGUGAGUCCAGCUGAGCUCCCCAAGCUGCUGCACUGGAUCAGAACCUCAGAUGAGCUGGAUGAGCUGCUGGUAGAUAACAGGACGGUGAUGCUUCAAAGCAUCGCAGACGAUCUGAGAGCCAGUUUGCCUCUAGAUGCCAUGUUACCCUCGGAGACCACCGCACACCACAAGAUGCAGCAGCAGUCGCGGCCGACGGUGCACGUGGACGGUUUCCUGUACGAUGACGAGCAGGUGGACCAGCUGUGUGAGGAAGGAACCAUGAGCCGCUCGUACUGCCUCACCUGUGGAUCCUGCAGCACGGCGGCGCUGGAUUUCAUCUCUCACUCGUUCUCCGUGUCCGAGCUGCGGUUCUUGUUCCAGAACGUUCUGCCGGACCUGAGCGGCCGCGUGCUGGUGGACGUCGGCUCCAGACUGGGAGCUGUGCUGUACGGGGGUUACGUGUACAGCUCGGCCUCUCGGCUCGUGGGUCUGGAGCUCAGUUCAGAGUUCAUCAGGCUGCAGAAUGAAACGCUGCAGAAAUACAAACUGACUGACAGAGUUCAGGUUCUCCACGCUGACGUCUGCACGCAGGACGUUCUGCUGCAGAACGCUGACGUAGUCGUUAUGAACAACGUGUUCGAGUACUUCAUGGAGCCCAGCGAGCAAGUCAGAGCCUGGAGGUUCAUCAUGCAGAACUUGAGGAAGAAAGGAUCUCUGCUGGUGACGGUUCCCAGUCUGCAGGAGAGUCUGAGCGCUCUGCAGGAGGCGCUGCAGCCCGGCUGGGUGGAGGAACUUCCUGUUGACUACGACGUUUACCUGGGCCGAGACGCAGACGCCGACACGCUCAGAGAGAUCCACCUGUACAGAGUCAUGUGAUCACCUGUACAGAGUCAUGUGACCACCUGUACAGAGUCAUGUGAUCACCUGUACGGAGUCAUG